CCCGGUGAGGGCUGAGGGGCCGCGGGGCCGCGCCCGCCCCGGGCUCCCUCCAGCGGCGCCCGGGUCCCGCCGCCCGUGUCCGUGCCGCAUUGCGGGCCCCUUCCGCCCCAGAGACCCCUCGGCUGCUCUGAGCGUCGGGGCCAGGCCGGGCCCCCCCCAUCCCCCGGUGCAAUGAGCUUCUUCGGGUUCGGGCAGAGCGUGGAGCUGGAGCUGGUGCUGAGCGACGGCGAGAGCCGGCGGCGGGUGGAGCACAAGACGGAGGAAGGGAAGAAGGAGAAGUAUUUCCUGUUCUACGACGGGGAGACCGUGUCCGGGCGGGUGGUGCUCACCCUGAAGCACCCCAACAAGCGGCUGGAGCACCAGGGCAUCAAAGUGGAGUUCAUCGGGCAGAUCGAACUCUACUAUGACCGAGGGAACCACCAUGAGUUCGUGUCCCUGGUGAAGGACCUGGCCCGUCCUGGUGAAUUCACUCAGUCACAGACCUUUGACUUUGAGUUCACCCACGUGGAAAAGCCUUAUGAGUCCUACACGGGGCAGAACGUGAAGCUGCGGUAUUUCCUCCGUGCGACCGUCAGCCGCAGACUGAACGACGUGGUGAAGGAGAUGGACAUAGUUGUGCACACCCUGAGCACCUACCCGGAGCUCAACUCCUCCAUCAAGAUGGAGGUGGGGAUUGAGGAUUGCCUACACAUUGAGUUUGAGUACAACAAGUCCAAGUAUCAUUUAAAAGAUGUGAUUGUUGGCAAGAUCUACUUCCUGCUGGUGCGAAUCAAGAUCAAGCACAUGGAGAUAGAUAUCAUCAAGAGAGAAACAACAGGGACCGGCCCCAACGUCUAUCACGAGAAUGACACAAUAGCCAAAUACGAGAUCAUGGAUGGGGCACCUGUGAGAGGGGAGUCCAUUCCCAUCAGGCUCUUCCUGGCUGGCUAUGAGCUGACUCCAACCAUGAGGGACAUCAAUAAGAAGUUCUCGGUGCGUUAUUACCUCAACCUGGUGCUGAUCGAUGAGGAAGAGAGGCGCUACUUCAAACAGCAGGAGGUGGUGCUCUGGAGGAAAGGAGACAUCGUGAGGAAGAGCAUGUCCCACCAAGCAGCCAUCGCUUCCCAGCGGUUUGAGGGGACCUCCUCGCACCCCGAGGCCAAGACCCCCAACCAGCCUGCAGAGAACAACGGCCGGCAGUGAGGGGCCACACAGAGGAUGCUGCUGUGGAGCCAGAGGGACAGCAGCAGCAGGAGGAGGAGGAGGACAAAACACUUGAGAGACUUUGUGAAAACAAAUACCCGUUUUUGACUUAAUUCCUUUCUUCAAAGGACUCGCAGGGUGGGAAGGGAUGGGAGGGCAAGAGGAGCUGCAGCACUGGUGCUGCGGAGCUGAAGGUGCCUCAGUGCUUCCCAGUCAAUGGCAUUCCUCUGGGAGCAGCUGCUUUGAGGCGUGUGUCCUGAGGCUGUGGAGCUGCCUGAUCUCCUCUCUGCCCCGAGACCCUUUUGGUGUGGCAGUGGGGAGGGAGAGAGCAAGUGGAGGCCCCAUCUGCUGCUGCUUCCCAGCGGGGUGGAGGUUGCUCUGGGGCUGUGCAGGAUGGAUAUUGCCUUGCCUUUCUGAAACCUUCACGAGGAAAAAGGACACAGGGAUUAGCUGGAAGGUAGAGGAGGGACUCGGACUGAGGUGUGGCCUUCUUGAAGUGCUGAGUGUUAUCCCCUCGCUGCCUCCCCUUCCUUUCCAUGCUGGAUUCCUUGUCACAAACAGCUGUAUCAUGUCACUGACUCAGCCACACUGAGCACGCUGCAGUGGCCUUGCUGUGGAGCUCCUGUGUGUCGUGGCAAGGAGGAGCUGUGCCUGGCAGGAGGGAGCGAGGCAUGGGAGUGCAGGAGGAGGUGGCACAGGUUGGGCAGAGCUGUGAAGGUCCCAGUGCUGUUGAGUCGGCAAUAGGAGGGGGCAGGAGGCUCCUGGCCAAGAGCAGUGCCUUCC